AUGGCGUUAACACAGUCACUCGUCGACGAUAUAAGCAGACUAUAUGGACACUGGGAGGAUUCUGAUGUCGAGUUGGUCAUAGGAGAAGAACCUGAAAAAGAAACCUUUCACGCUCAUUCGAUAAUCUUACGCGCGCGCUCACCUUACUUCCGCGCUGCAUUCUCUUCUACAUGGGAAAUAAAAGACAAUGGCAAGCAUGUAUUUAGUAAGCCGAAUAUCAAACCAAACACGUUUCGUGAGAUACUCAAAUAUAUCUAUACUGCGGAGGUAACAUUAGACCCAAACGACAACUCGGAAGUACUAGACUUGUUUAUCGCUGCCGACGAAUUGGCUCUGAGCGUCCUCUUUAACAAUAUACAAGAUUAUAUAAUGACAAAUCGCGACGAAUGGGUACAGGAAAAUCUUGCCAAACUGUUGAGGACAACUUCCCGUCUCGACUCAUCCUCACAGAAACUAUUCGAGCAUUGCCAACGAGUCAUAUCUCGUUCACCCGAACUCAUCUUUCAAACAGACGACUUUUGUACUCUCGAACCAGAAGUGUUGUUGUCCUUGAUUAAGAGAAACGAUUUGGCUAUGAAUGAAAUCAAUAUCUGGGAACAUGUCAUCAAGUGGGGAAGGUCUCAGCCUCCGGCCCUAGAUCCAGACGUAACCAAAUGGUCCUCAGAAGACUUUAAGACACUCGAAGAAAGAAUACGUGAUUUUAUUCCUCACAUCCGAUUCUUUGAAAUUUCUGGUGCCGACUAUCACUACAAAGUACGACCCUACAAAAAGAUCUUGCCACGAGAUCUCAAAGACGACAUCAAGCUACAUCACUUUGCCGGUCAACCACCGCUCAAGACGCCAUUGCUACCAAGUCGAGUACCAGCUAAAACAGUUGACUCUAUUCUCAUCGACAGCAAUCAAAUAGCCCUGAUUGCCAGCUGGGUGGAUCGUAAGGAUACAAAAGAUUUUCAGUAUGCAUUUCGCACUAUCCCAUAUCAUUUUGAUCUUCUUCUUCGUGGAUCCCGUGAUGGAAUGCAGAUUCAAAAUUUCAGAGAAAAGUGCAACGAAAAGAGCAACCUUGUCGUUGUUAUCAAAACUAGCAACGGUCAACUGAUCGGCGGAUACAAUCCUUUGCACUGGAGUUCGUCUAAUGCCUAUCACGAGACAAACAGCAGUUUUAUAUUCUCACUCGGUGACGGGGCAGGAUCUGGAAAAGUAAUACUGAGCAGAGUCGCAGAUCAUACAUGCGCUAUUUGUGAUCCGUCGUCUAAAUUUCUCAAUGUUGGGUUUGGUUGCGGUGAUUUAUUGAUAUUUCAAGGAAAGUGUCGCAGGAAUUCAUAUGCUAGGGAGAUUAUAAAGGACAGUGAGUGUUUUACACUUGAGGACUAUGAGGUUUUUCAAGUCAAAAAAGAUAGGAGAGAAAAUUGUUUAGGUGUUUGA